AUGAGCCACGCUUCAGACCCAUCACGUCGCGUAGAAAGUGAUGAUCAAUCAAAACGAUCAUCAGACCAUACAAGUGGACGACGAGGAUCGUCACCAGCUCAAAAUCAACAACAACAAGCAGGUGCUGGCGAAACCAAAGUACGUGGUGAACGUAAACGUGUUCCACGUAGCUCAUCGUCAUCAACCUCAGAUAGUACCGUCUCGGGUAGUGGCAAAGUCAACAUUACAGUUUCACAGAAACAAUCUUCUAGUGAAAAUUACAAAGGUCAAAGAGAAGCAGGCACUGCUCAAGUAAAAUCUAAAAGUGGACAUAAACAUGAACACCACGGAGGACUUUUUACUACACAACAAGGUACGGUUGGCGGCUCAUUCGGAGGUACUACUGUUAGUGGCGAACGAAGAAAAGGUCGUCAUCGACAAGAAGUUAUUCGUUUGCCAGAACAAGCUCAAGGUCAAGUACGUCAAGUACGACACCGUAUGCCAACUCCGGAACCUGAUACACUCGAACGAGUUUAUAUUCAACGAACAGCAGCUGAAGUUGUGGAAGAAAUUACCGAAAUUCCACAAACACCACCACCACGUGUUCAAGAACGAACUGUUGUAGAACCCGCUGGACCACCUCAAGUCGUUAAACGCGUCAUUCGUGUACCACCACGAGGUGGUGCCUAUGGUGGUCAAGAAGCACAAACAGGUGCUAAUGUUCAAUACAGUGAUAACCUAUUAAAUGCAGGAAAUUAUUACAACAAUCAACAGGCUCCCACAAAUUUUUCAGGUGGUUUUGCUGAUGUAGGUGCUUUUAGUGGUAAUAAUUAUGGUCCUGCUAAUGGUAACUUUCAACAACAAGCACCGAUCAGUUUCGCUGUCGGUGGUCCCGGUGCUUCUUCUCAGCCUACGCCAGGAAUCGGUUGUCAACCUGCUUUCUGUUUUUAUAUGUGA